CUGAAUCGAUUUUCUGGGAGAAUAUAUAAAGGCCAGAAAAGUGAGCAAUCGAUUAAUGCCGUAUUCAUCACUAUGUGCAUUCAACUAAAAUGGCCGAUGAAGAUACAGAAAAGACAACGCGCACAAGCAAGGAGCAAAUAGAGUGCUACCUGGCGUUUAUGCGGAGCCACCCUGAGUUGCAGCUCAACAAAAAUGACUCGACGCGGCCAAGAAGGAUACAGGAGCUGUGGAUAGAGCUAGCAGAGCAACUUAACGCUCUUAAAGGGCCGAUACGCACUCCGAAUAAAUGGAAAGAGUCUCUAGCCCAUUGGAAAAAUCAAGUAAGAUCCAGGGCUAGGAAGGCAAAGGCCGAUCGAUUGGUGACGGGCGGAGGUCCCUGCUUGGAAGAGGCAGUUACGGAGAGGGACCAGCGGGCAUUGGGGCGGGCGGGAUGGCUGAUAUUCCAAAUGUUGGUGCCGAGG